AUCUCCCGCAAACAGUCCAUAUUUGUCCGGUUUGUAAAUUGAGAAACAACUACUCCGGCAUGUUUAGAUUCUAUAACUUUUUUUUUCAAAUGUCAUACUUUUGGAGUAGGUGUUAUUUUCCCCCCGUAGGGAUGGAGCGCGCACCUAUAACACUUAGACGGAUCAUUCUAAAACAUAAAGCAGUCAAGAAGCCUGUUUGAGUUGUUGGCACUCGCGAUGUGGUGCAGCUGCAACAGUCGCGAUCUAAAACCGCUGGACAGGAGUCGAGAGCAGGUUACACAUAUCCAAAUAUGCGCGUAAUUGGAAUGCACUUUCGAGGUGUCGCUUGCACCCCUUCCGAGAAAACGUUGUCGUGAUGUUCAAUACUUCGGGAAUUGAGCUCACUUUUACCAAGAAAGAGGAUAUUUCCGAAGUUAUCAAUGGCACUCUGCAGCUCAUGUACAACGUCCUGGUCACCAUCAGUCCCACAACCAUGUGGAACGAGACAUGCGGGGAGCAGCUGCAGGAUUUCGGGCGCCCGGAGAAGAUCAUUAUUGGGGUGAUGUUGGCGAUCAUCACGGCCGUAACCGUCAUGGGAAACACGCUGGUGGUGAUCGCGGUGUGCGUGGUGAAGAAACUAAGGCAACCUUCAAACUACCUUCUGGUCUCUCUCGCAGUGGCGGACCUGUCAGUGGCCAUAGUUGUAAUGCCGUUUGUAAUAGUGACAGACCUCACCGGGGGCAAGUGGCUUUUUGGAGAGGUGUUCUGCAACAUCUUCAUCGGCAUGGAUGUAAUGUGCUGCACUGCCUCCAUCAUGACCCUGUGCGUGAUCAGCGUCGAUAGAUAUCUGGGGAUUACACGGCCCCUCACCUACCCUGCCCGGCAGAACGGUCAGCUAAUGGCAAAGAUGAUCCUGGGAGUAUGGCUGGUGUCAGCAUCCAUUACCCUGCCGCCUUUCUGCGGCUGGGCCAAAAACGUCCACACAGCCGGUGUGUGCCUCAUUAGCCAAGACUUUGGCUACACCAUCUAUUCCACUGCUGUAGCCUUCUACAUCCCUAUGGUGGUCAUGCUGGUCAUGUACUACAAGAUCUUCAGGGCAGCUCGCAAGAGUGGCGCCAAGCACCGCUUUACUGACCUUCCGCGCCGCGAGCGCAUCGAAACAGUGACUAAUGAGGCGCUGCGAAUGCAGGGCCUAAAGCCGCCUGGCGUGGUGGAGGAAUGCGCGUCCUUAUCGCGCCUGCUGAACCGUGAGCGCAGAAACAUCUCCAUCUUCAAGCGGGAGCAGAAAGCAGCGACAACACUGGGGGUGAUUGUGGGGGUCUUCACUGUGUGCUGGCUGCCAUUCUUCAUCCUGUCCACUGCCAGGCCCUUUAUCUGUGGAGUGGAGUGCAGCUGUGUGCCCAUCUGGUUGGAGCGCACGCUGCUCUGGUUAGGCUACGCCAACUCCCUAAUGAACCCCUUCAUCUAUGCCUUCUUCAACCGAGACCUGCGCUCCACUUAUCGUGACCUUCUCCGCUGUCGUUAUCGCAACAUAAACCGCCGACUGUCUGCUGUGGGCGUGCAUGAGGCUCUCAAGGUUUAAAGCAGGGUAAUUCAGCAGCAUAUAUUGACCCUCAAAGAGUACAUCUGUGCCUGUGCUUGUACACUUGGUGCUUAAAGGGCAAGAUGAACACAGCAGGCCUGUAGAUAAAACAAAGACUGACAGAAUGGAAGUCACUGUUGGUGGCUCUCUGGCCCCUCCGCAAAGAAGAGAGAAAACACAAUCUCUUCAUUGUGUGUGUGACUCAGUCAUCUAUUUUGGGAAAGAAAACCCAAGAGGGUACUUGAUGAGCUAUUCAAGUUGACACAGCUUUUGUGCAUAUGUCACAAUUCCGUCCUGGUGGAAGGAUAAUGUAGUGACAAAGGAAAUGACAUGUCAACACAAUCAAUCAUCUUAAGGCAUUCAGAGGGUUAAGACAGCAAACUGAUUUCUGUAUGAUAACAACAUUUGUGUUUGAUAAGGCAAAACAUGUGUUUUGUGACACACUGUCUUCUAAACAUCUUCAUCUAAACAUGCAUUUAAGCAAAACCCAGAUUAAUUCCAAGCAGAGAGUCGGAGACACUUGGUGUAUUGUGAUUUGUGCUUCGAUGAAAUAUUAUUGAAAUCACUUUUUCUUCAGUCAUUCUUUUCAAUUUGGUCCUCUCACUAAAUUAAACAAGAGCACUUUAAAUGUUUCACAAAUGUUUACAAUGUGAUAAUGCCAAGGUAAUGGAAGUGGGUGGAAAUUGGUGUUAAAAUGCGACAUGAAGGGAACACUUUCCCAUUCAUGAAAUCUCAGUGUUUGUUGCUCUAAAAAUAAACUGAAAGUAGUUGGUUUAAUGUCUGCAUGGAACGCAUUUGUCUUACAUACCACUGUAUACAUACAUACGUACUUUCACUGGUUACAGAAUUCAUAUUCUGAACAUGCAUAACAGUUUGGUUGAAGUGUUUCCAUAUUUCACCUAACACUUUAUCCAGAGGCGGAGUGGGGAACUAAAAUCAACCGGGAAAAUGUUGACGGCACGGCCCACCACCAGACAAACCCCCCAUUCAUCAAUAACACAAACAAAAAGUUUUUUUUUUUAAACCCAAAUUAUGCUACGUUUCUUUGUGUGGAAUUCCUCCACUUGUUCUAACGCCAGCCAAGUCUACGCAUCUGGGAAGGACUUAACGGAUAUCUGAAACCUGGCCACUAGACAAAUGCACAUUGACAAUAAAGUGUAGGUUUAAAGCUGUUAUGGGUUUUCUAUUAAUAAACAGAUGCUGAAAUAUAACAUCAUAUACUUGUAGUCGUGACUUCUGUCAGUCUGACUGAAUUCUGAGACUAGGUGGAAAAACGGAACAGGCGCACAUACAAAUUCAACUUUUUACAGCAUAAUGAUAAUUGUGUUUUCCCCUGUUAGUAUAGGCUGCAUGGAAGGGGGUAUACAAUGCACCCCACCUCCCAACUAAAUAUAGGCCUAUCCAUUAAUUAGUCAUUACCAUACCAACAUGCAACUUCAGAAUAAUAAAGUUCUAUCUGCGUUUGUAUCAGUUUUAGCAUUGCAAAUAGCUAAAUGACAAAUGGAGGACAUUACACAUAGCAAUACUGCCACUCAUUCAGAAAAAAAAUGGUCAUAAAUGUUUUGCUUAUGAACAAGGUAUUUCAAACCCAAGACUUAAAUGGAGCUCAUUUGAGAUGAUGUUACUUGCAAUGAGGAGAUAAUCGUUACCAAAUAGGCUAACUAACCCGUUUUUCAGUCAAUUCCCCUGGAGCACUCGUUGAAGCCUUUUUUUGCCAUUUUUUAGCACUUUGAUGCAUCCUUCAGCAUCCGCUUCUUCUUCAGUCUGGUCUUUUCGGCUCGUCCUUUCUCCUUUCUCUUCUUGCCAUUCUUGGGUAAAAUAAAACAGCAAGAACCCACGCUAAUCUGACUGUCAAUAAAUACAUUCCCCAUUCCCAUGAGGCUUUGCUCCAUUCUACGUUACUUUAAGAAAAACAAACAAAUUAAGUGUUUUAUUUUUAUUUGUGACCAUGAAAUUUCUGCAACACCUGAGUAAGAAGAAUUGAAUUAAGAUAGGCUAAACUGAUGGGAGAGGCUACACAAACAUCAGUAAAUUGACAGAAGAGAUGAAUGUGCAGGGUAACCCAUGAUAUAGAGAGUGAGCAAGCGGUAUAAAUAUUGCUUGAACAUGAGGUUCUUGUUGGUUCUAAUAGUGUGG